AAUGUAGACACCAGGGAGGUACCAAAAGAGUGAACCGAUCAGUAGUUCUUCAAAUUUUCUGCUUUUCUCCAUUUUGUAUGCUGCUGUGCUGUGAGGGAAGAUGAAUUAGAAGAGAAUUAAGAAAACUUAUUACCAGGAAAAGUUUUUCAUUUGAUUCCCUCUCUGCUAAUAAUUCAGAAGCAGUAGCCAAAAUGGCUCAAUUUCAAGUGAACCGGAGAGGCUUGGCAAUGGUAGCAUGGGCAACCUUUCUAGUUCUUGUCAUGAUGACCAAUGCGGGGAUUGCUGAAAGAACAUUGAAAGACAAAACAAAUCACCAAGUUUUCAAAGAAAAAACUAAAAGCCUUCUACCUAGAGUUGUCAGCUUCCUAUGGAAAGGCGGCAAGGCGGCCUAUGAACCCGUUUGGCCGGAGAUGGAGUUUGGUUGGAAAAUAGUUGUGGGAACAAUUGUUGGAUUCCUUGGUGCAGCUUUGGGUAGCGUUGGAGGAGUUGGUGGUGGUGGAUUUUUUGUUCCAAUGCUCACUUUAAUCAUAGGCUUUGACCCCAAGUCUUCCACUGCCAUUUCCAAGUGUAUGAUCAUGGGUGCCGCUGGAUCAACAGUGUACUAUAACCUGAGACUUAGGCACCCAACACUGGAAAUGCCCCUCAUAGAUUAUGACUUGGCAUUGCUCUUCCAGCCUAUGCUUAUGCUUGGAAUCAGCAUUGGAGUUACCCUCAAUAUCCUGUUUGCGGAUUGGAUGGUUACGCUUUUGCUUAUCAUCCUCUUCAUCGGUACUUCUACUAAAGCCUUAAUCAAAGGUGUAGAUACAUGGAAGAAAGAGACAGUGAUGAAAAAGGAAGCAGCAAGGUUAGAAGCUGAGGAGUCGAAAGCCGAUGGAGCUGUUCAAGAUUAUAAACUGUUACCUAGUGGCCCAAACACCAUGCAAUAUGAUGAUGAUCAGGUUCCUCUGGUACAAAACAUAUACUGGAAAGAGUUAUCGCUGCUCGUUUACGUAUGGAUCGGUUUUCUUGUGGUUCAGAUUAUUAAGGAAUAUCUUCAGACUUGCUCAGUCAUGUAUUGGAUUGUGAACUCCUUGCAGAUACCUAUUGCUGCCUCUGUGACAGCCUUUGAAGCCAUAUGCUUAUACAAAGGGAGAAGGGUGAUUGCAUCAAAAGGAAAGGAAGUGACAAAUUGGAAGAUAUAUCAGCUUCUUCUUUACUGUUCUUGUGGCAUAAUUGCUGGUGUGGUUGGUGGUCUGCUUGGCUUAGGAGGUGGCUUCAUCUUGGGUCCUCUUUUCCUUGAACUUGGAAUUCCCCCUCAGGUAGCUAGUGCAACUUCGACAUUUUCCAUGGUGUUCUCGUCCUCGAUGUCGGUCGUACAAUAUUAUCUUCUAAAUCGUUUCCCGAUCCCAUAUGCUGCUUAUUUCGUUCUGGUAGCCACCAUUGCAGCCUUCACGGGCCAGCAUGUAGUCCGAAAAAUCAUCGCAGUCUUCGGACGAGCAUCGAUAAUCAUCUUCGUACUAGCAUUGACGAUCUUUAUCAGUGCAAUCAGUUUGGGUGGAGUUGGCAUUGCUGAUAUGGUUGAGAAACUGGAAGAUGAAGAGUAUAUGGGAUUUGAAAACCUUUGCAAAAUCUCAUGAGUUUAUUUUUAUUUAUUAUUUUUCAAGUUAUUACAGAUGAAGCAGAGAGCAAGCAGGUUGCAUUGAA